CUCCCACCUUCAAGUGGCACUCUGGGCACGUUCCAUUCCUGCUAUGGCUUAGGUAAGCCUCUGCCCUCCAGUACCCUCCCAUGAUCAGUACUUCUGGCUUGGGUCACCACUCAUCCCUGCAUCCUCCUUGGCUUCUGAAUUUGCCUUGCAUAGCACCCCGUGGUGACCUACAGGUGGAAGGCGAGGUCAUUCUGGGACGGGAACCAGGGAUUGGGUGUCAGUUCCGGCACCGGAAUCCCAGGCCCUAGCCAGCCAGCGCUGGCUAUAAUUAGCAGGAUGGGGCCCUGGACCCAGAUGCGGAGCGAAUUCCCUCUGCCACGCGGCCCCAAGCUGAGCGGGCGCACAAGUGAGAGGGUGACGGGGAACAUUUGUCCCUCGGGAGGUGACUGGUGGGAUGCUGACAAGACCUGUGGAUACGGUUCCGAGUAGUGGAUCUUUAUACACGCUGCUUGCAUGCUUCCCUGCACCUCGUGAAACCCAUAGCUGUGCCCCGAUCGCCCAGCUGCUGGAGCCCGGGAUGUCGCCUUGGGAGGAUGGGUAGGGGGGGUUAGCAGUUGGAGGGACGGACAUUUCGCAGGGCUGGAGGCAAGGGUUCCUCUGGCCUCUCUGGGUCCAGCUCUGACCUCCUCCUUUCUUGCCUUUGCUCACCUGCCUGAAUCCACCCAGUCAGGGCCAUGAGCGUCCCGGGCACCGCGCAUGGUUCCUCGGACCCGAGGCACGCCUCCCUUCUGGUUCAGGAGGACGACGUUGGCCUCCCUUUGACCACCCCGAGAGUCUCCUCCUGGCCUCCCUCCCCGGACAAGGAUCCCAGCUUGCCCCCCUUUCCUCUGGAAGAGGCCAGCCCCAGGUCCCUAGCCCCGGGGAAGCUUCCCUCUCCAGCCUUGCCCCUAGAGGAAGAGGAUGAGGACGAUGAAGACGCUGAGCAGCCAGAGGGGCUGCGCAGCGAGGAGCACCCGAGCCAGUUCUUCGCCGAAGCUCAGCGGCUGCGGGAGCAGAGGUUGUUGUUGGACGAAGAGGUGUCGGUUGGGGGGCGAGUGUACGGAGUGCACCGCGUGAUCUUGGCCGCAGUCAGCAGCCUCUUCCGAGGCAGGCUGCAGGGCGGCGGAGGUCCACAGCCCCCUCUCAGUCUCGACGUGGCCCCCAGGGGCUGGGAGGCAGUGCUGACCUUUGCUUAUGAUGGGGUGCUGGGCCCGGUCCCGCUGCGGGAUGUGGUGGCCGCAGCCGAGGCCCUGGGAGCGCCCCGGGUAAAGGCUGUGGCCCAGCAGAGACGCGAGGGGACUGGAAGCACCCGGGAAGAUGAAAGGAAGUCCAGCCAGGCAGAGGAGCUGAGGGAGAACUUGCGCUGUAUAGAGCUCCUAUACCAAGAGGGCGUCGGGUGUGACCUGGAGCUGGAGGCGGGAGGCUGCCGGCUGAGGGUGCACCGAGCAGCCCUUGCCUGUGGCAGUGAGUUCUUUGGGGCCAUGCUCCUGAGUGGGAUGAAGGAAUCCCAGGGCACAGAGGUGUCUCUGCGCACCAUCUCUGCCCACGACCUGCAGCUCCUCGUCUCUUUUGCCUACUCUGGGGUUGUACAGGCAAGGUGGCCAGGACUGCUGAGAGCCGCCCAGGCUGCUCUACAAUACCAGAGCUCUUCCUGCCUAGCUCUGUGCCAGAGAGCCUUGGCACAGGGCCUCAGCCCUGCCCGUUGCCUGGCCCUGUUCCCCAGGGCAGAAGCCCCUGGGUUGGAGAGGCUCUGGAGCAAAGCCCGUCACUACCUCCUCACCCACCUGCCUGCUGUGACUUUGUGCCCCACUUUCCCUUCUUUGCCAGCUGCCUGCCUGGCUGAGCUCCUAGAUAGCGAUGAACUUCAUGUGCAGGAGGAGUUCGAGGCUUUUGUGGCUGCACGGUGUUGGCUAGCUGCCAACCCUGAGACCCAGGAGUCAGAGGCCAAGGCCCUGCUGCGAUGUGUCCGCUUUGGCCGCAUGUCCACCAGGGAGCUGCGGAGGGUGCGGGCAGCUGGGCUACCCCCGUUCCUGCCCCUAGACCUGCUGUACCAGCUGAUGGUGGAGGCUGAGGUUCCAGGUCAGGAAAGGCGGAGGGAGCCUGACCGGGCACUGGUGGUGAUUGGUGGGGAUGGGCUCCAACCAGACAUGGCCAUAAGACAGCCCUCCCGAGGAGUGUGGUGGGCCCGGGCCUUCCGCUGUGGCAUGGGGCUAGUGCGAACUGUGGAGUGGGGGCAGUUGCCCACCCUGCCGGCCCCUGGGCGCUUCCGCCAUGGGGCUACGAGCAUGUCAGGAAGUGAACUCUAUGUGUGCGGAGGACAAGACUUCUACAGCCACUCCAGCACCCUGGCUUCAACUCUCAGAUGGGAUCCCAGUCAAGAAGACUGGGAGGAGAAGGCGCCUUUGUGCCAGGCACGUAGCCUUUUCCCUCUGGUGGCUCUGGAUGGCCAACUUUAUGCCCUGGGUGGGCGAAACAAUGGCAUUGCCCUCAACUCUGUGGAGACCUAUAACCCCGAGCUCAAUGUCUGGAGGCCAGCACCUGCGCUUCCAGCAUCAUGCUUUGCCCAUGCAGCUGCUGUUUUGGAGGGCCGAUUGUAUGUGAGCGGUGGCUGUGGCGAAACUGGUCGAUUCCUGGCCUCGUUGCUGCACUAUGACCCCAAACUUGAGAAUCCAGGAACAUUUCUGAACCCUAUGGGGGUACCUCGGGCUGGCCACGUCAUGGCUGCUCUGGGUGGGCGGUUGUAUGUAGCAGGUGGGCUGGGUGAGACUGGGGACUUGCUGAGCCUCGAGGCCUAUGAACCAAGGACUGAUAGCUGGACUCACCUUGUACCUCUGCCCUCCCCCCAUGUGGGGGCUGCAGGUGCUGUGCUGCAGGGGGAGCUACUGGUUCUGGGGGGCUACAGCCACCGUACCUAUGCUGUCUCCCACCUUAUUCACGCCUACAGUCCUGGUCUGGGGAGAUGGCUCUGCCUGGGAGCUCUGCCGAGGCCUCGAGCUGAGAUGCCUGCCUGCAUCCUGACACUGCCCACUGUGCAACACAUAGCGUUGGGUCCCACCCUGCACCAAACCAAACCUGCUGGGUGAAGGGGAAGCAGUAGUGUGUGGAGGUAGAAAGGAAGGGAUAAAGAACAUCCUGAAAAGAGGGCAGAGACUAGGGGGGUAGAGGAAGAGAGGCUUCACUCGUGAUAUAUAUUUUUUUAUUCUCACUUGGUAAGAAUUUAGGGCUCAUGAAUUGCUUUUAUAUAUAUGAUCUCCACUGAGGAAAAGGUGGUUCCAGAACUCCUGGAGAACAGGUGGAAGGGAAUGGGAGGCAGCUAAAUAUCUGGAUAAGAGGGGACCCAGGAGCAACUAUACCCAGGUUUACGGACCCUGAUGCAAUUCUUGGAGGAAAAUGUAUCUGGCUGGGUGGAUAGUCCAGAAGCUCCAGUAACCCAAGGGAGUUAUAGGGGCCACGAAAAAACAAUCAGAAAAAUAAUUUUUACCCAUAGAUCAAGGAGAAAAAUGUGAAAAGGCUAUCCAUGAAAGAGUCUGAGAAGAGUUGAAGGAAGGACUGUAAAUUGUUCAGCCCUUCCCUCUUCUAGCACAUGCUUCUUUCUACUCUCCAGUCCCUGGGAUGCCUAAGCCCUCUUAACAAUAUUCUUUCUCAGGUAACUGCCUAGUCUCCUUAGCGUUUCCCCAGCCUGGUCCCCACAGGCUUCCCCAAGACCCCCUGUUUUCAGGCAGAAGUUC